AUGUGCGCCGCAAUGUUAUUUCCACUCGUCGAAUCCUUGUUGCCGGAGGAAAUUUUAAAAACAUGGCAACGAGCGUUAACGGUAUCGGCAGACGCGCCUACUACUGCGAAAGAUCGUCUUAUACAUCUAAUGGCUUUUCUAGGCAAAGAAGUGGAGAGCGAGGAGCGCAUCCGAAUGGCUAAAACGUGCUUUGACACGAGCGAUGAUCCGUCGAAAAACAAGAAUAAAAAGAAGGUGAAGAAUGGGGGUCAAGAUUCUGACGUGGCCACAGCAGCAGGUCUACUAGCGGUGAAGGGAACAGUUUCCUUCAAAUGUCUGUUCUGCGAGGAAAGUCAUCACGCCAUACAUUGUGAGAGAGCCAGAAACAUGCCUAUGGAUCAACGAGUCAACAUUGUCAAGGAUAAGCGUGGCUGUUUCAAGUGCCUGAAGACCGGUCAUGGCUACAAAGGAUGUCGCAGCAAAGAAAAAUGUCCUUGGUGCAGAAAGGGACACUGCUUGCUAAUGUGCAGAGAUUUUUCGGGCAAUAAUAAACCGAAUAAAGCAGCGGAAUCAAAGGAACAGGUUUUUAAGGAAGAAAAUAGCGCCCUUUCUAACAUUUCGUUAAAUGUUAACGUAUCUUUACCUUUAUUAAAAGUUAAAUUGCGCGGCCCUAAAGGUACGAGAGAGGCGCGUGCUAUUAUUGACACGGGUUCACAUAAGUCUUAUAUUUUAAGCAGAGUAGCAGACGAACUCGGUUACGAUGUCGUGGGCGAACAAACAAUGGUGCAUUUGUUGUUUGGAGGAGGCAAGACUACCCCACAGAAACAUAGGGCUUGUCGAGUUCAUGUGGAUCAUCCGAACGGAGAGUACAAAUGCAAUUUUAUAGCUUUCCAGGAAAAUGUUAUAUGUCACGAUACACCGAAGAUGAACUAUAAGCCGUUGGCAGAUGCGCUCGAGAAGAAUAAUGUGCAACUAUACGACACAGCAGAAGGUAAAGAACCUAUUACGUUAUUAAUAGGAGCUGAUGUUGCAGGAAAAUUAUUCACGGGAAAAGUAGUCCAGCUGGAUGACGGUGCUACAGCCAUACAGACAAAACUCGGGUGGACCCUCCUGGGAAAAAAUCUGGUCGACACACGAGAAGAUGCUGCUCUUAUGGUCGUAUCCAUGCUAUCGCAGGAGGCAAGUGUAUCAAAUUUGUGGAAGCUGGAUAUCUUGGGAAUCGCAGAUCCUUUAGAGAUUAAAACCAAGGAGGCACAUCUAGCAGAU